UAAUUAACGCACGGCAAUCUCCACACAACAAUCAAUAGACCGCGAGACAAGACAGCGAAAACAAAGUCGAUCGAUGAUCGGCACAAUCGGACGCGGCGCUCCCCCCUGGGGGCGGCGCGAGGGGGCGGCGAGGGGGCGCGGGGGCGGCGGGGGGGCGGCCGCGGCUCGCGCACAGACGGGCGGCGCCUCCCCGACGAACAUGUCCUGACCGUCUCCCUCAGCCUCCACAUGGACAACUCCUGCCUCCUCGACCUCCUCAUCAGGUGUUUCGCCAUGACGGAGCCAGAAGACCUGAACUUCACGGCCUUCACGGACCUCUGUCGGCUCUGCUCGCUGAAGAGCGGGCCGCGACUGCACAUCUUCGACAAGGAGUCCGAGCAGCGCCAGAUCCUCUACAAGCUCCGGAGCUGCCUGCCCACCAUGCAGAUAUCCAAAGACGACUUCCUGCCGAAGAAGAUCUGCGAGCGCUGCGUGACCCGGCUGGAGCAGCUGUACGAGUGGCGCCAGAGCUGCCUCAGCACGGACAGCGUGCUGCGCAACUACGCCGAGAGCAUGCGCAUCGUGACCUCUACCAUCAACUUCCAGGAUGGAACGGUGAACAUGGACAAAAUGACGGAGGCUCAGAAGACGGCAUACCUCGAGGCGCACGUGGCGGUCCAACAGCACAUGGCGCAGGCGGCCGCUGCGGCUCGCAGGGAGCAACAACAACAGCAGCAGCAGCAGCAGCAACAACAACAGCAACAACAGCAUCAGCAACAAGAACAGCAGCAGCAGCAGCAACAACAACAACAGCAGCGGCAGCAGCAGCAACAACAACAGCAGCAGCAACAGCAGCAACAACAGCAACAACAACAGCAGCAGCAAGCUCAACAGCAAGCUCAACAGCAACAACAACAGCAGCACCAGCAACCACAAACCAACACAAAUAACACACGCCACCAUCAAGUCCUGCAACAACAAGCGCAAACAAGCAACAACGCGCACCAAGGCCACCCGUCGCCGCCGACCGUCAGCUCGACGCAGCACCACUACGCGGCCAUCACCUCGCCCAUCAAGGUGCCUCAGGUCAGCUCCAGCACCGGCGGACCUGAUAGCACCUUCACUGUGCCUGACGACGUCGGCAUGGGCUUCGAGGGAGGUGUUAGGGUGCUGCAGAGCUUGGGGAACUGGUCCCCGGAAGUAACAAACACGAUACCCAGGCCGAAUUUAAUACCCUUCACGGAGCCAUACGCAGAAGGAGGCUCCAUGCACCCCGGGACGAGACUCAAGGCUCUGCAGACCACGGCCAUCACCACCGUCCGGAAGCACACCACCCACACUACUGCUAUCAAGACUACUAGCUCCACGAGUGAUGGUAGUAAAGCAUUCGAAUGCACGGUGUGUGGAAAAGGCUUAGCGCGGAAAGACAAGCUAACAAUACACAUGAGGAUACACACAGGAGAGAAGCCGUACGUGUGUGAAGUGUGCAACAAAGCCUUCGCUCGGCGGGACAAGCUGGUGCUGCACAUGAACAAGCUGAAGCACCUCACACCCUCCAACAUUGCGCCUCUGGGUAAACGAACCAUCACAAUACCUCCCCUGAAGCUAGACGAUGUGAAGCCUCAACUAACGAAGCAAGAAGACACCAAGCCAAGCCAAGCGGAGAUCGCGGCAGUGGCGGCGGCGGCACAACAACAACAACAACAGCAACAAGCGGCACAGCAGCAGCAACAACAACAACAAGCGGCACAACAACAACAACAACAACAACAACACAGCCACUCGCAGAUGCAGAUCUGCCAGGUACAAGGGCACAGCUUUACGGUCAACCAAAACACGGGCCUAGUGCACGCGUCGACCGGCGGCGGCGGCGCGGGCGGCAUGGUGGUGUCCUGGUCCUGCGAGCUCUGUGGUAGACUCUUCGCGACUAGAGACGAGUGGUCCAACCACGCCAAGAGCCACCUGCCUGAUACGAAGCUGCUGCAGGAUAAGAUGCAGCAGACCACGCAACAUCAGCAGCAAGACAAAGUGCACCUGACGAACCAGGAGAAGCUGCAGCUGCUGCACCACCACAACCAGAACCAGCAGAUCCUGAACGGGCACGGCAUCGCGACGGCCGUGUCCACCGCCAGCGUGGUGAACGAGGGCGGCGGCGCCUACUUCACGCACAACCACGCGCACUACACGCCCGAGCGGCAGCACAACAACCACGCACACCACCUGUGCCUCAUGUGCCGCCAGGAGUUCUCCGGCAAGGCCGAGUUCAUGUUCCACGUGCGCGGCCACUUCGAGGGCAAGGUCACCGACCUCGCCGCCGCCGACGCGCUCGCCAGGUCGCUGGUCGACAACUCCGGCCUGUGCACCUGAGGCUCAGCCCAAUCGGGGGCUUACAGUGAAGUGUGCAACAAAACCAUUCUGCAGGACGACACGAUCAUGCUCAAGUUCUGAGACGAGCUGCUGUUGUAAAUACGUAGGUGUAAGGACUGCUGUAGCGUUUAGUGUGGUGAGAGUUUGCGUCAGAUAUAUUUUUGUUACUCUUUUUUUGACUGAUCGUCGUUCGGAAAAUAAUUGAUGUGCAUAGAUUCUACUUCCCAGAGUGAGCGGUCCCAACAAUAAUAAAGUAUGAACGGUUUUAACCUGGUAAUUUUUAUGGCAUUAAUAGUCGGGUAGUAUUUAUAAACAGAUGACUGAUACAUUUAAAAUUAUAUUUGUUUUGUUUAAGUUUUUUGUUUAAUGUGUUUAUUUAUUUAAUUUAAGUAUAGAUAGAUAAGUAAGUAAGCAAUACACAUUAAGGUAGUUUCUAGUCUACAAAAGAGAAUCGAGUGAACUCUAGUCAUUGCGUAGAGCAUAAUGUUUCUAAGUCUAGCACUUGUCGAAACAUUGUCAUAGUUUGUAAAUAAUUUAAAAAUAGUAUACGUAUAGGUACCUUGUAUUUUUUUAAUAGGUAUCUAAUAGUUGCAUAGCUGCUUACGUUGUACAUAAUAAUUAAAUUGUGGAAUAAAAUUCUGCCAAGUGAUUACACCUAGCUGCUUUUAUAUCACUAACAAUUAUACAAAGAAAGUGAGUGGUAAAUAAUAAAUAAUCAUAUUUCAUACUACCUACCUAAAUUUUCCACCGAACUUAGCUUCCCAAAAAUAGUAUAUUUUUAUUAGAACCUUCUUAAAAAACUCAAAUUUAAAUUAUACAUAGGUACAUGAUACAGACUGACGCGAAAAGCGACUUUGAUUUGUACCUACUAUCACAUGGUUUCAUUCUAUUGCAAUUUUCAGUAUUUAAACUAUAGUCACAGGCAGACUAAUAAAUGUAAGAAAAUUUUAAAAUAUCUUUAGCAAAUUGCAAAUGAAUCCUAAUUUUACCUCCUCCUUAAAACAGCGUAGGUACCUUAUAAUUUAGUAACAGAGCAUGUCUCUAAUCUCUAUGUAUUAAAAGUUUGUUUUUUUCGACAGGUUAGUAAAUUAUGUAGUUACCUAAUUACUUUUAGUAGAUACAUACCUAAUAGCAAUAAGGACGAGUGAUUUGGUUGAAAUGGUCGGUAUCGAUGAUAGAAGAUGCUAAUUCGAUAACAAAAUUAAAAAUAUUUAGGAAUUACCAACACGGAUGUAAUAAUAACAUAAUUGCAAGUAGGAAUAAGAUAUAGAUCUUAUCUCUAAAAUAAAUACAGAAAUUGGAAAGGAUCGGUUCAUCGCAUCAAUCAUUAUCAUCAUGACAUAAGCAGAAAUUAACGAUGCACUAUUGAUAAAAUUCAAUAGGUAGGUUUUAGUAAAAGAUUUUUUGGUGUUUGUUGUCGAAUUAACAGCUAAGAUUAGGUUGUAAGGCCCGUGCUAAAGGGUAAACUUGAAUGAGUUUUCCUGCGGUUCGGGAAAUUUCUAUGUGUUCCUUAUGCCGUGGAGGGUGUUCUAACUGUUUACAAAAUCUAAAGAAGUAUAUUUUUUAAGUAAAAAUUAGUUAACUUCAAUCGAUAUAGUUAGCCGUCUUUGGGCUACGCUGCCACAAAAUAAAGAUUAUACAAACACAUACAUUAUGUUAAACUUAUAAUACCUACCCCUCUUUAUACGUCGGGAGUAAAAAAAUUAGUAAAAAGUGCAGUUUUUAAAGAAUUCAAAGAUCGUAUCUAAAUAUCUUAAGGGUGCGGAGAUAAAUCUAAUUUCUAAAUAUCCUACUUAAAUAAUGAUUAAACCACACUCUUAUGGCAUAGAAACACAAGAAAUCAGAGCACGAUGAAAGUUACAAAAUUGGCUAAGGUUUAGGAAGGCAAGCUCGCGCGCCAGUAGGUAGCUGUAGGAGAGUAGGAGGGACAAGAAUGCAAUACGGAAUAGGUAUGUUUAUUAAAUAUAAUAAUUAAUAUUAUAUUUACUGACGAAAUCCAAUGAGAUUGUAAAUAGGCAUAUAGAUAUUGGGGUUGGGUGGUAAUUUUGAAGGCUCUAAACCAACAUUUAAACAGAUUGAUUUCGGGCGGCAACAACAGAGACCUAGAGAGCUAUAGAAAGUGGGAACACUAGGUAAACAACAAUAGCAUUAGAAUUUUUAACAACCGAGGUGUAAAUAGUUUUGGUCGCCUAACAAAAUAAUAAAAAAAUAUGAUUUUAACAUAGGUGUGUACGUAACGUACGAGUAUUUAAGUAUAUUGUAAUUACAUGAUAAUUAGGUAUGAAGUAGAUAUUUUUAUGCCGUUCGUCUUCCAAUAUAAUGGUUUAUCCUAUAUACUUAUAGAAUUUAAGUAAGAUCAGAAAAUUACCUGUACUUUUUUUUCAAAAUCAUCAUUAUGCUUUAGGUCUAAACCAUAACCAACCAAUGCUUAUUAUUGCUUAUAGCCAAUUUAUCCCUGGAUUCCAGUUUAAAACUAUGCUUCGUUUGACCAUUUUUGUGGCGAAAAUUUCUAUAGGAAUCAACCUUGAAUCUAAAAAUGUAAUGAUUUAUAAAAUUAUUAAUUUGAUUUGAAUAAAAAUUUACCAUGAUCCAUGAUUUAUUUUUGUUAAAGUCACAGCAAAUUUAACAUCUUGUAUUCAUAAUAUUAUUUAACUAUGUCCCUAAGUUUUAAGGGAUAAUUAUUGUAUUGUAUGAUAAAUAAAGUUUAUUUCAAUUGGGAAGGUGUCUGUCAGGUUCCUGUCCUCCGAGAUAAACCGAGGAUCCGUGAACCGCGGUCACUCUAGUCGAAAACAAACUACGGCUAUAAAGAUAGUUUUCCAUCAGCGAGGCGAGAAUUGAAUUGGAACUUGUAUGGAAAACACAGACGCGCUAAGAGAAAAUGUACAAUUUUCUAUCUAUCUAUCGACCUAUAACACCUGCCGAUAGCAUAACAUUUACAGCUUUUGUUUUUUAUCAAACUGGAAUGUCGUCCCACGACACGCCUUCCUAAAUGAAAUUCACUGUAAUUAUUGAAGAAUAAAUUGGCUUUCCAAUGAUCUCAGUGUAUCUAGUCGAAUCGUGUAUUGUACGUAAGAUAGAUAAGUAAAUAGUAAGAACUUAAGUAGGUAUAUUAAGUUUUAAGAUACGUACUGAUAAUUUAAUUUAUUAUUUUAAAAUUGAGAUCCAAUGUCGAAAUUAGCUUUUUAAUAUUAGGCUAAUCGCGGAUGGCUAGGGCGGUCAUUCUGAACAAAUAUAAGUAAUUAAAAUAGUUUUCUAUACAAUGUUUGCUAUAUAGACAACUUUUUCUUUUUAAACUUUGAGUGAUGUUUCUUUCCCUCAAAUUUUCAUAAAUAGAGAAAAGUACCUACAAUGAUUAAUGUUUUGAAUGACUACCUGAGUUUACCGCUUUUGGUUUAACCGUCAGACCUACCACUGUUGCAACAUUAUGUAUCCUGUACCCUGAAAAACCACAUGUUUUAUAAUACCUACCUAUCGGGGCCGUUUCAUGGGAAGUAGAAAAUAUGCACAGGUAUUAUAGAAUUAAGACUACUUACAAGAGUUGUUACAUUCGUCAUACGACAAGAACAUAAUUAUGUCAACAUCCAAAAUUGCCGUCUAUCAAUGUGUUACUUAAUUAUUAUUUUCUAUUUGAAUGUUAAUAAUCUAGGAACAAAAUUACUAAAAUAUUUUUAGAUAUAAACCUAAGUAGAGUGUUUCGACCUAUCUCGGCCAAAGCAAAGAUUGGAAAUCUAAAUUGUUCUCCCAUAUUUAAAUGUGAUGUAAAAAUAUAUAUUUAGGUACUGACUUAGCAGCAAUAAUAAAACAUCGCAUAUCGAUACAAAUUGCUACUUCAAGUUUGUAAAAAAUCCGUAAGAAAGCUUUUGGAUUAAAAAAAUAAGAAUGAU